UUGAGAAAUACAUCCACAUUAUAUAAAUAUAAAGGUAUCAAUGCUUCUCAUUCAACUCCUUACGAAGUUUUCCUCAAACGAGGAAAUUAUCUUUUUGAAUUAUGGGGAGGUUCAGGAAACGAUAUAGUUUUAUCUAACCCAAUCAGGAGUGCAUACGUAAGCGGCUAUGUUGUAUUCCGUCAUUCCAUUAAACUUUACCUACACGUAGGAUCACAAGCUUAUAAAAAUGCCUCUUUUCCAUCAUAUGGUGGAGGAGGUCCAGGCCAAAUAUCAGGUGGUGGCUCAUCUGAUAUCCGACUUCUUCCAGGUGAUUAUGGCGACUUUUCCGGUCUUAAAAGUCGAAUUAUUGUUUCAUCGGGCGCUGGAUCAAGUGACGGUUGUUACGAAAUGGGUGGUCCUGGUGGUGGAUUGAUUGGCUAUAAUAGCACUGGCAACUAUGGCCGAGGUGGUACGCAAAUAUCAGGCGGCGAAGGAGGUAUUAAAGGAAGAUUUGGUUUCGGUGCCGGAAAUGAAUCUCGACGAUAUGAUGGUCAUACACCGGAUGGCAAUGCAGGAGGUGGCGGGGGCUAUUUUGGCGGUGGAAACUCAUAUUUACCAGGAAAUUGUGGUUCAGGUGGAGGGAGUUCCUUCAUCAGUGGCCAUAAAGGUUGUAUUUCCGUUUUAGAAUCAUCAGAAUCAGAAGAAAAUCUGAAGUUUUCAGAAUCAUUUGAUCCAUCAAUUCAUUACAGUGGAAUCCAAUUUUAUCACACCGUCAUGAUUGAUGGCACAAGUAAUAUGCCAAAUCCUCUUGGUGGUAACGAAACGGGCCAUUCAGGCGAUGGUUUCAUUCGAAUCACCCAAAUCUAUCUCCUUGAUUGUCCUAGUUACAAAUAUCAUUACUUUGCAUUACCUUUCUCAUCUUUAUUUUUAUUCAAUUUAAUAAAUAAAUCAUAA